ACUCAUUAAGAAUAUACUUCUUGUGAACAUGCUGAGCCAUGCUAUUACUAACCCUCAUCUUUGCUACCUUUUCAGGGCUUGGGUAAAUCUUGUUAGACGAGUUUUCUUGUACAUGUACUUUGUGUUAAACAAUGACUUCUCUGAAUAAAGUUGCUCCAAAUAACGGAGACGCAAGGGCAAUGUUACCAAAUAAAGUCACCGCAUUAAAUCCCAAUGCGGCAGAAUUUGUCCCUUCAUGUGCUAUUAGACCAUCAUUUGGCGGUAACGCAGAUUCAGAUGUAUCUAAAUCUGAAGUUACGGGGUCCUCUGGAAAAACAGUCCUAGAUAGGUCCGAGUCGUCCAAGUCUAACAACUCGGACGACGAGGCGCACCAGUUCUGGCGUAAGCAGCUUCCAGAUGAUAUCAUUCCAGACUUCACUUCGUUCGAGAAAAUCGAAUCUGAACCUGAGGACCUGUCCCUUGCUGGAUUAUCCUUGAACGCACCUCCGUUCUAUGGGACAAAAGCUAGCCGCUUGUCAAGAGAACACCAGGACUUGUCUUCAGCUAGCAAAAUCCUGGAACAUGGGCAUCCCAAUUUGCUCUAUGACGAUAAUUCACAGGCAACCUUCUCAACUGUUGGUUCGAGCAACUGGGAGCAGAAUUAUGUGGGUGAUCUCCAUUUUGCUAAUGAGAAUCAGGACCUUCAUUAUGAUUCUGACAGUUUUGCUAGUGAGUAUGUUGCUGCAUCAGAUGGCCUUUUUGACCCACUAGAGUAUUUAGCGUCCCAGUUUCCUGGAUUCUCAGCAGAGAGUCUUGGGGAGCUGUACUAUGCAAAUGGAUGUGAUUUCAACCAUACUAUUGAAAUCCUUACCCAGCUAGAGAUGCAAGUGGAUCCAAUCUCCAACCAGACUAUGAAUAUGGCCCCCAGUGCACCAAACUUUAGCACAGGGGACUUCCCUGCUCUGCCAACAGUUGAGGAUCAAAACGGUUUCUCCAAGGGAAAUUUGGAUAUCCUUGGCAUCUUCAGUGGACGCAAUUCAAACACCAUACCUAGUGGUACUGGUGAUUUUGUUUCAGCUGUUCGUAAACUUGCAUCGCAGAAUUCUGGCCAUGGGAAGUUUAAGAAAUGUCCUGAUUAUAGCAAUGGUGUUUCAACCGUUUCUGUACCCAAGCAGUACAAUUUUGGCACUAAAGCAUCUUCUGGGAACAAGUAUCAAAGUUAUAGCAGUGCACGUGCAGCUCCAUGGCUUGAUACUGGUGAUGCAGUUGCAAAUAUGUAUUCAGAAUCCAGGGAAGAAGCUCGUGAUUUUGCCCGUGUCCGAAAUGCAUGCUUUGAGCAGGCUAGACAAGCUUACCUAGUCGGCAACAAAGCUCUGGCCAAGGAACUAAGCAUCAAAGGACAGACGUAUAACUCACAGAUGAAAGCAGCUCAUGAGAAAGCUAGAGAAGCUAUUUAUCGACAGAGGAACCCUGGUUCUUUGCAACGGGGGAGUGACCGUCUGAUUGAUUUGCAUGGCCUCCAUGUAAGCGAAGCAAUUCAUAUCCUGAAGGUUGAGCUAGGUUCCCUGAGGGGUGCUGCUAGGGCUUCGGGGGAGAGGAUGCAGGUCAUGAUAUGCGUCGGAACAGGCCACCAUACCAAGGGUUCUCGCACCGCAAGGUUGCCUAUUGCUGUGGAGCAGUUCCUUCUGGACGAAGGCCUGCAUUACACGCAACCACAGCCCGGUCUGCUUCGUGUUGCUGUGUACUAACAUCUCUUAGGUGGUAAGCACGAUAGAGAAAAGCAACCAAAAAAAAAAGGAGAAAGAGAUGCAAGACGAAAAUACCAAAAAAGCGCUGUUGCAGCACUGUAAUUUCUUGGUAGUUGUAUAUUAAAGGAGCCAGCAGGAGAUAGCCUGACAAACAGAAUACAGUGUAAAAUUAUACAUAGAUCCAUUCAAUUCACAUUCCAUCCCCUUC